UUACAUUUGGUUCACCUCAAUACGAAAUAUUCCAACGAUGCUGAAGGCAAGAAAAAUGCUGAUGGUCUGGCAGUUCUUAGUGUGCUUCUCAGGGUAGGUUUCUAUUCAGUCAAUCUAAUUAACAUAAUAUACGUCACUAUAAAAAAAACUCAACCAGUUUGUGUCCAAGGUUGUAUAAGCUUUGUCUCAAGUUCGAUGCUUAAACAUUAAAUUCCGAUCAUUUCUACUGUACAAUUUACUUUGUAAUUAUUUUGAUUAAAUAAAUUUUCUUCACAGCAAGGAGGACACAAUAACAAAUUCAAUUUUCUAAAUCGCGCGGCACAAGAAGUCAACAAGCCAAACGGUAUGUGGAACAACAAACAAACAAACAAACAAACAAACAAACAAACUUGACGUCGUCAUGGGGGCCAUGUUGGAGAAACGCUAACAAAAGAAUAUUAUUAGCAGCUAUUGUCUUAUAAAUCUCAAAAUAUUGAUCGCAAACCAGCAAUUAUGAUCAUGACAUUUCUUUUCAUUUAGACAAGACAAAAAUUACUGUCUCCUCAUUAAUAGAUUUACUCCCCAAUGACAAAUCAUUCUAUCGCUACAAUGGAUCAUUGACCACCCCUGGAUGUGAAGAAGUUGUCACAUGGACUGUAUUUGCUAACGCUGUUCAAAUCUCUGAAGCACAG